GCGGUCGCGGCACCCGGUCCUCUCCUACGAAAAGGGCAAGGCAUAAAGCUACGGAUGGGGAAGAAAGCUUCUCGGCGCGAAGAAUCUCCGAAUCCGGAGGUUCAUCCCCCUUCUUCCUUCCCCUACCUCGCUCUGGCCUUAAAAACCCUGUCGAAAUCCUUAUCUCGUCCGAUUGUCGCUGUCCGGGUUUCCUCUCUUUCGUCCACUUUUCUUGGAGUAUGGCGGCGAUGGCCCUCUCCUCUCUUUCUUUGAGACCCGAGGCGUCGUUCCUCGCCGGAGGAUCGGGGAUUCAUACGGCCUCCAGAAUCCUAACUUCGAGAGUGCCUCUAUCUGGGUUCAUGAAGUGUGGGGUGCCAACGCCAUUGCGAUUUUUUAAGGGAAGCUUGUGCACAGCACUAUUGAAAAAUCCCACUAUGCCUGGGCUCUUGGGAACACAUCAAGAGAAGGAAAUUGUUCUGAAGCCUGAUACAAGAAUGAGAAUUUUCUCUGGCGCUGCAAAUCUUUCACUUGCACAGGAAGUUGCAAGCUACUUGGGUUUGAACCUUGGCAAAAUUAAUAUUAAACGUUUUGCUGAUGGGGAGAUAUACGUGCAACUGCAAGAGAGUGUCAGGGGAUGCGAUGUUUUCCUUGUGCAACCAACAUGCCCCCCAGCAAAUGAGAAUCUUAUGGAGCUUCUGGUAAUGAUAGAUGCAUGUAGGAGGGCAUCUGCACGAACCAUUACAGCUGUCAUUCCAUAUUUUGGAUAUGCUAGAGCGGAUAGAAAGACUCAAGGACGUGAGUCCAUUGCUGCCAAACUUGUUGCGAACUUGAUCACAGAAGCUGGAGCGGAUCGAGUUCUUUCUUGUGAUCUCCAUUCUGGACAGGCAAUGGGAUAUUUUGAUAUUUUUGUCGAUCAUGUAUUUGGACAGCCUGUAAUUCUGGAUUACUUGGCUAGUAAGAAAAUUUCUCCAAAGGACCUGGUAGUUGUUUCUCCAGAUGUGGGAGGGGUUGCACGAGCACGUGGUCUUGCCAAGAAAUUAUCAGAUGCACCUUUAGCUAUUGUUGAUAAAAGACGUCAAGGACAUAAUAUCUCUGAGGUUAUGAACUUGAUUGGGGAUGUCAAGGGAAUGGUUGCUGUUCUGGUAGAUGACAUGAUUGACACUGCUGGAACUAUCACCAAUGCAGCAGCUUUGUUGCAGAAGGAGGGUGCAAGUGCAGUUUAUGCAUGCUGCACCCAUGCUGUUUUCAGUCCUCCUGCAAUUGAGAGGCUCUCUGGAGGUCUUUUUCAAGAAGUGAUAGUUACAAACACCAUUCCAGUUGCCGAACAUAAUUAUUUUCCUCAACUGGUUGUUCUCUCUGUUGCAAACCUUCUUGCUGAGACGAUCCGUCGUGUUCAUGGUGAUGGCUCUGUCAGCAGCAUUUUUCAGUAAAAUUAGGACUAUGGAUGUGUCUUUAUUUGGUUUUUCUACUUGCCAAUUAAAGCACAAAGUUAUGGACUACAUUUAGGGAUCAGGUUAUUAUAAAAGGAUGGGAGGCAUCUCAAGUUAUAGCCCUGACUGCAUCUGACACACUUCGGCUGUCACUAUCAGAAUUUUAUGUGGGCAGAAAGCUGUCAUUUCAUUGUGAAGACCCAAUGAAACUUACUAUAAUUCUCAUCCUAUUAUGUAUGUUCAACGAAAUUCAUCAUUUAUUAUCAUGUUUUACCUAAUCUGGUGCUGUUGAAAAUAUUAAAUGCUGCAUUGAGGAUAA